AAGUAUGUAGGCGAGCUGAGCUCCAAAGAGUACUGAACAUCUGUAGUACUUGACAUUCACGCAUUUGGCGAGAUGUCAAUAUUUCAGAGCACUCUAAAUGUUUUGGUGUGAGAGCUAAUGCAGUGUUUGCAUUGGUCAACAUGAGCAGAAAGCAAAACCUAUUUCCCUCAACAUCAGCUGCUGUACUCGGUUGCUGAUCCUACUUGCCUACAAAGACACUAAGAAACUGGAAAACUGGAUUCUUAGUGAAGAAACACCGUGGCUACUUCAAGAUGACAAGCACUCACUGGACAAAAUUACUUCAUUGAAAGGAGACCUCAUACUACACCCAAAAAAUUAUAAAAGGCCUUGGCCUUGAGAAGUUACAAGAUGAUCAACUCAACGGGGACACAGCCUCCAGACGGGCCCUGCUCCCGGAACACCCUGAUCACUAAGCAGAUUAUCCCUGUGCUGUACUUCCUGGUCUUCAUCGCGGGAAUCCUACUCAAUGGAGUGUCGGGGUGGAUAUUCUUCUACGUGCCCAGCUCCAAGAGCUUCAUCGUCUAUCUCAAGAACAUCGUUGUUGCCGACUUUCUGAUGAGCCUGACCUUUCCCUUCAAGAUCCUCGGCGACUCGGGCCUCGGGCCCUGGCAGCUGAACGUGUUUGUGUGCAGGGUCUCGGCCGUGCUCUUCUACGUCAACAUGUACGUCAGCAUCGUGUUCUUCGGGCUCAUCAGCUUUGACAGGUAUUACAAAAUCGUGAAGCCCCUCUUGACUUCUCUCAUCCAGUCGGUGAAUUACAGCAAAUUCCUGUCGGUGACGGUGUGGGCGCUCAUGCUCCUGCUCGCGGUUCCCAACAUCAUUCUGACCAACCAGAGCGUCAGGGAGGAGGCGCACAUUAAAUGCAUGGACCUGAAGAACGAGCUGGGCCGCAAGUGGCACAAAGCAUCGAACUACUUCUUCGUGGGCAUCUUCUGGGUUGUGUUUCUUCUGUUGAUCGUUUUCUAUACUGCUAUCACCAGGAAAAUCUUUAAGUCCCACCUGAGGUCCAGAAAGAAUUCCACUUCGGUCAGAAAGAAAUCUAGCCGCAACAUCUUCAGCAUCGUGUUUGUGUUUGUCGUCUGUUUUGUGCCUUACCACAUAGCCAGGAUCCCCUACACACAGAGUCAGACGGAAGCGCACUACAGCUGCCAGUCAAAGGAAAUCUUGCUCUACGUGAAAGAAUUCACUCUGCUUCUGUCUGCUGCAAAUGUCUGCCUGGACCCCAUUAUUUAUUUCUUUCUCUGCCAGCCAUUUAGGGAAAUCUUAUGUAAGAAACUGCACAUCCCAUUAAAAGCUCAGAAUGACUUAGACACUUCCAAGACUAAAAGAGGAAAUACAACGCUCGAAAGCACAGAUACUCUGUGAAUACCUACCCUCUUUCACAUAAAGGCCAUGUAUGCAUGUCGUCAUCUUUAAUUACAUAA